CCGCGGGGCCGCCGCCCGCGCCGCGCCGCCAUGGAGGCCGUGAAAACCUUCAACAGCGAGGAUUGUGCCUCCACUCCUGCGUGUACAGACUGCUUUUCCAGCAGCAUGGACACAAGAAGCAUAUUAUAUUCGCUGAAUGACUACAAACCACCCAUUUCUAAAGCUAAAAUGACCCAGAUUACUAAGGCUGCCAUCAAAGCUAUUAAGUUUUAUAAACAUGUGGUACAAAGCGUAGAGAAAUUCAUUCAGAAGUGUAAACCAGAAUACAAGGUACCUGGACUUUAUGUCAUUGACUCCAUUGUACGACAAUCGCGACAUCAGUUUGGCCAAGAAAAGGAUGUCUUUGCACCCAGAUUUAGUAAUAACAUCAUUAGCACUUUCCAGAAUCUAUAUCGUUGCCCCGGGGAUGACAAGAGUAAAAUCGUGAGAGUAUUAAAUCUUUGGCAGAAGAACAAUGUCUUCAAGAGUGAGAUCAUCCAGCCUCUGUUGGACAUGGCCGCCGGGAUCCCGCCUCCAGUUGUGACCCCCGUCUUGGCCAGCACGACAGCUGCUAUGAGCAAUACCCCCGGAACGCCUGUGACCCCUGUCACUCCAGCCAAUGUGGUCCAGGGCUUACCUGAGCCCUGGAUGUCGCAGAUAACAAACACAGACACUCUUGCAGCUGUCGCCCAGAUCCUACAGAGCCCUCAGGGGCAGCAGCUUCAGCAGUUGAUCCAGACGCUGCAGAUCCAGCAGCAGAAGCCUCAGCCCUCCAUCCUGCAGGCCCUGGACGCGGGGCUCGUGGUCCAGCUGCAGGCACUCACGGCCCAGCUCACUGCCGCGGCCGCCGCCGCCAACACGCUCAAUCCCCUGGAGCAGGGCGUGUCCUUCCACAAGAAGUUGAUGGAUAGGUUUGAUUUUGGGGAAGAUUCUGAACAUAGCGAAGAACCGAAAAAGGAAAUUCCAGCUUCACAACUCGCCCACGUCUCGGAGUCUGUGAACAAUUCCAUCUUUCAUCAGAUAGCGGAGCAGCUGCAGCAGCAGAACCUGGAGCACCUCAGGCAGCAGCUCCUGGAACAGCAGCACCCGCAAAAGGCAACCCCUCAGGACAGUCAGGAAGGAACGUUUGGGUCCGAGCAUUCUGCGUCCCCCUCACAAGGCAGUAGUCAGCAGCAUUUCCUGGAACCUGAAGCAAAUUUGGAUGACUCCAUAGAUAUUCAACAGCAGGAUAUGGAUAUAGAUGAAGGGCAAGAUGGAGUGGAAGAAGAGAUCUUUGAGCAGGAAGCAAAGAAAGUGGCUGUUCGUUCAAGAUCAAGAACACAUUCGCGGUCACGUUCAAGGUCACCAAGAAAACGAAGGUCCCGGUCUCGCUCUGGCUCUCGCAAGCGCAAACACAGAAAGCGCUCACGGUCGCGCUCCCGAGAGAGAAAGAGGAAGACGUCGCGCUCCUACUCCAGCGAGAGGAGGGCUCGGGAGCGCGAGAAGGAGCGGCAGAAGAAGGGCUUGCCGCCCAUCCGCUCCAAGACGCUCAGCGUCUGUAGCACGACUCUCUGGGUUGGCCAGGUGGACAAGAAGGCCACGCAGCAAGACUUAACCAACCUGUUCGAAGAGUUUGGACAGAUCGAGUCCAUUAAUAUGAUUCCUCCCAGGGGCUGUGCUUAUGUCUGUAUGGUUCAUCGACAAGAUGCAUUUCGGGCUCUUCAGAAACUUAGUUCUGGAUCAUAUAAAAUCGGAUCGAAGGUUAUUAAGAUUGCGUGGGCUUUAAACAAAGGUGUCAAAACAGAAUACAAACAGUUCUGGGACGUGGAUCUUGGAGUAACUUAUAUACCAUGGGAAAAAGUGAAAGUGGAUGACUUGGAAGGUUUUGCAGAAGGAGGCAUGAUCGAUCAGGAAACUGUCAAUACCGAAUGGGAAACUGUCAAACCUGCGGAGCCCGUGAAGGAGCCGGUGCCCGCAGCUCAGAGCCCACCUCCCGCCGAGAAGGAGCCGGUGGUCACCAGCCAGGCGGACGUGUACCCACCACCUGUGGCCGUGUUGCAGAUUCCAGUAGCACCAGCUGUGCCUGCUGUCAGUCUAGUGCCGCCAGCAUUUCCUGUGUCGAUGCCCGUUCCUCCUCCUGGCUUCAGCCCGAUUCCUCCGCCUCCUUUCCUGCGAGCAGGUUUCAACCCUUCACAGCCACCUCCUGGUUUCAUGCCACCUCCAGUCCCCCCUCCCGUUGUGCCACCACCUGCUGUCCCACCAGUCGUUCCAACAUCUUUAGUGCAGCCGCCGCUGUCCAUGACUCCAGAGACCGUGAAAGAAGUUGGAUUCGGUGGCCUGAUUCUGCCGGGCGCUUCCGUUGCUGGCAGUCUCGCUACUCCGACUCUGCCGGCUGGGAAUGUUUUUAACCCUGCAACGAAGCAAGGAGAGCCUGAAGACAAAGUACCUCAUCUCCUAGACCGCCAGAUCUCUGCUGGUGAGAACGCCAGGCCCGUGAUUCCAAAUGAUAUUUCAAGUAGCUCUGCGAUUUUAGGAGGACAGCCACCAAAUGUGACGAGCAAUUCUGGAAUUCUGGGAGUCCAAAGACCAACUAUAUCGAGUAAUGCGGAGAUUCUGGGAGUCCGUCCGUCUAAUGUUCCCAGCAGCUCUGCGAUGCUGGGAGCCCAGCCCCCGAACAUUCUCAGCAACUCGGGGAUGCUGGGGCUGCAGCCGCCAAGUGUGUCGAGUAGUUCUGGACUCAUGGGUGUGCUGCCCCCUCACAUCCCUAGCAACCCCGGGCUGAUGGGAGGACAGCCACCAAAUGUCCCGAAUGCUUCUGGACUCAUGGGGACACAGCCACCAGCUGGACCUCAGAACUUACCCCCCUUAAACAUCCCUGGUCCAAGGAUGCCUGCAAUGCCAAUGCUGGACAUUCGCCCAGGGCUGAUCCCCCAGACACCUGGACCAAGAUUCCCUCUAAUCCAGCCUGGAAUUCCAGCCCAGAGAGGAAUCCCUCCUCCGUCGGUACUUGAUUCAGCUCUUCAUCCACCACCCCGAGGCCCUUUUCCUCCAGGAGAUAUAUUUAGUCCACCAGAGAGACCUUUCCUGGUUCCUGGAAGACAAAGUAUAGACAGUGUUCCUAAUGCAGAUAAAAGGAUACCGGUUGGGAAUGAAAACAUUCAGCAGGAAGGAGACCGAGAUUACCGGUUUCCUCCCAUGGAGCCCAGAGAGAGCAUCCGACCUCCCCCGCUAGAUGUCAGGGAUGUGGUCGGACGGCCCGUGGACCCGAGAGAAGGCCCCGGCAGGCCCGCGUUAGACGGUAGGGAGCACUUCGGAAGGCCUGUCGAUAUAAGAGAGAAUCUUGUGAGACCUGGUCUAGAUCAUUUGGGGCGAAGAGACCACUUUGGCUUUAACCCGGAGAAACCCUGGGGGCCCCGAGAUUUUGAUGAAAGGGAGCACCGGGUAAUAUCUGUCUUCGGGGGUCCAAAAGGCUUACAUGAGGAAAGAGGGCGCUUCCGGCCUGGCGCCUAUCGAUUUGAUCCUAGAAGUGGUCCUUGGAACAGAGGAUUUGGACAAGAAGUUCACAGAGAUUUUGAUGACCGCAGAAGACCGUGGGAGAGGCAGAGGGAUAGGGAUGACAGAGAUUUUGAUUUCUGCAGAGAAAUCAAUGGAAACCGCCUUGGACGCGAUAGAAUUCCAAACGCUUGGGCGCCCCCUCCUCAUGCUCGGGUGUUUGAGUUUUUCGAAGGGGCCACUUCCCAGCGCAAAGGUGAUAACGUGCCUCAGGUCAACGGGGAGAAUCCUGAGAGACACGCUGCGCCCCCGCCUCUACCUGUGCAGAGUGAUCCUGAACUGUAUGAGAAAAUGGCACCGGCGACUGACAUUAACAAGGAGAAGAGUGACACAGUUGCUGAUAGAGAGAGUGACCCAGUGGUAGAAAGCACAGAAACUGAGGGGACAUAAUCAUCGCUCAGUAGGCCAGAGUGAGUCAGAAGAUAAUGGAGCUUCUCGGGCGAGGAGGAGGCGAUGGAGGCCGUCCCACGUCUGGGCCCGGUUUCAGGCGAGGUUCGUGGCAAGCCCCGUGUGCUCCCGGCUGUUCCCGGCCCCAUCUACACAAGCUCUUAAUGAGCCGCCCGGGGCUCCGCAAGGCCAGGGGGCGGAGAGAAGUACUCCCACCCGUCACCCAGACUCUCGCCCGGCGGGGAGCGAAGACAGCGUGGCCCUGACCUCCGUGCCCCACACGGUCACCUGUGACCCCCGUGCCCAAGUCCACUCUGCGCACCCCAGAAUCCAGCCCCACACUCAGACUGCACUUUGCAAAGGAAUUGCAGUACUGGCCGUGACACCGGGCAGAGCCGCAGCCGGGAGAGCCGCCCGCCCGCCCGCCCACCUGACCAGGCCACUCUCCAGGAAGCUGUCCCCACUGCCUGCAGCUGUCCUCUGUCCCCGCUCUGCCCGCGCGGGUCCUGGGACCGUGGGGGGCUGCGAGGUGGGUGUCACCGGCUGCCCUCUGGGAAGGCGGUGGCUGGCAGGCUGUGGAACUGCAU